CUGCAUAAGGAUAAAACACAUUUUACACAAUACCCAAUCAGUGAUGUGAAUUUGAACAGCUGCGAACCCUCCAACGAUCCCGGAGUUCAGGUUGACUCGAAUCUGAAAUUAUCUAAACACAUCGAACUUUUUCGUAAUGCCUAUAGCACUGAUGUAACCAUUCUAUUACGCCUUUACAAAACGUAUGUACUGCCGCAUCUUGAGUAUUGCUCCCAGAUUUGGGAUCCUACACGUAAAAAGCAAAUCAUCAAAUUAGAAAAGGUACAGAAGAUGUUCACAAAGCUGCUGUUCCAUCAUGCCUCAUGCCUUCCAAUGCCACAACUCAAUACCAAGUCACAACGAACAUAUGAGACAAUUAGGCUCAAAAACGCUAAAAUACAGACGGGCCAAGUCACGAAAGAAUGGGCGGAUUCAAUUGACAUUAUCCUCGGAUUCAAAAGAAAAAUCAGACUCAAUUAUAUAAUUUUGAGCUCUACCGUGGUGCGAGGUCGUUACAACGUUUCCCUACUGAAAUGCGUCCAAUGUUGUCCAGUGACAGCCGUAGUUUCAGAAAGAAAAUGA